AUGACGAAGAUUAUCAUAAUCGGAGGUGGUAUCUCAGGGUUGAGUAGCUACCUUUUCCUACACAAGCAUCUACUUUCUUCACCCUCGCACGCGAAUUACGAUAUACGGAUCUACGACUCUUAUGAUAUCACUGCAUCCAUCAUUUCGGGGUUACACAAUGGUACUUCAGAGCCAACAACAGAUGUCGAGCAAGAUAGUUCCAAAAAAUCUUCGAUCUCUCCUACCACCAUAGGAGGUGCAAUCGGGAUCUCGAAAAACGGGUUGAACGUCCUUUCUCGUCUUGGUGACACCGAGUCAUCAAUACACAAUCCCCUGACGCAAACAAUCAGUCGUGGUCAUCCAAUCCAAUCCUGGGAUAUCAAUACAGCACGAGGGUUCAAACUUGCGAGCAUCAAGACGACUGGCUCUGAUACGAAACAUGAGGAUAAUGACGGGGACAUUACUACUGUGAGUAGUAGUGACACGUCUACCAUGGUCAUGAUAGCACGACAAGUGUUUGUCGAGAUUCUUUACGAUCAAUUCAAGCACGUCGCUCCGACCAUGGACAUUUUACAACACAAAAGGGUCGUCGAUGUCGUUGUUGGAGAUGAAGUAACGCCGAACAUUGUCAAAUUUGAGGACGGCAGUCAAGAAGAGGCAGAUCUCGUCAUAGGAGCCGAUGGGUUGCGGAGCGUUCUGAGAAAGGCCAUUUUUGAGUCCCACAAGCCUGUAAACUGCCAGGAUCAUGAAGGUUCGGGCUGGGCUCGUUCUUGGGUUGAAUGGUUGUCGUCGUUCGGCAAAGUCAAACGACAAGACGAAAACAAGGUCAAAUGUGACUAUGUCACGCCACAUUACGAAGGUCUAGUCGGAGUGGGUGGAUUCGUCCCUUCUUCGAUACUAAAGUCAACCGGACACAAACCCGAAAGUAUGUCGAUUGUUUUUGGACCGAAUGGGUUUUUCGGGUACGGAUAUCUAACAUCCGCUACGAAUAAAUCCGACAAAAAUGCUGCACAUGGCAUUCAAGAAGGCCCCCUGGCAGGAUGGUGGUCGACAUUUUCUUCCAAUGACCCGUAUCCAUUCCACACGACGGCAGAGGAUACACAAGGUCGACACGAUGUCAAUGAUGGCGAUCAAAGCAAUCGAUCCAACCGCAUAUUCGAUCCUACUCUCGCUCUAAAGUCGUUGGUAUCCCGACAGUCGACCUGGAAGAAUAAGUCUGUGGUGGCGAUCGUGAAAUAUAUACAGAAUUCAUACGAAGGACAUUCGAGUCGACUCAAAUCUGGCACUUCAUCUAGUAGAGACGAGUCUGACGGCACGAGGGUCGACACAGAUCCAUCAUCAUCAUCGUCAUCGUCAAACUUUGGUCUGUUACAGACGAGUUUUCCAACCUAUACCACCCCGGAACUUCCACACUGGCACGUCGGUGGUCGGGUCGUGUUGAUCGGUGACGCCGCACACGCUUUACAACCUAGUUCGGGUCAAGGUGCGUCUCAAGCUCUGGAAGAUUCCGAAACUUUGGCUUUGGUGUUGGAACAUUUUAUGUCCUCGUCGUCUUCGUCCACCACUACGACUACAACACAACCAACGAAUACAAAUUCGACCGCUUCUUCGUAUUGUUCCAAGGCGAUCGAAAAAGCUUUGGUAAUGUUCGAAACCGUACGAAAACCAAGAGUUCACGCGAUAUACGAAUACUCGCAAAGAAUGAGUCGGAUGAAAACCGACAUGGGUUUCGUCAUGGAGUGGAUCAUGUAUUUCAUGAUUUGGGUCACGUCGUUCCUCAAUCAGUCUCAGUCGUACAAUGAUGAGCUGUUGGAGUACGACUUGCCGAAAGUUGUGAGGGAGAGUAUCGAGUCAGGCCUGACUUGACGACAAACGUUCGAAGAGGUCGGAUGAGGAGGAAGAGGAGGCGAAGCAUUGACAGGAUUGUAAUUGCUGGAUGAAGUCCACAAGCAGGAUGAGAUGGAGGAGAAAAGUUUC